UGCGUACAUACAUACAUAGUAUGUAUAUGUAUAUACUGUUCAUCGCACGACUACUCUACCGACCCUACCUUAUAAUGCACGGUAAUCAUUCGCCGUGAAUUUCUUCAUAAAGCGAAACAAUACUCGUGGACACGUGCGCUAUUAAAAAAGGGUUUAAUGUAUGUAUUAUAUUUACAAGAAAUUGGUGCUCAAUCUUUGUUAAAUACGAAAAAUGGCAAAAAUUUUUACGCCGACGAAUCAAAUAAGAUUAACCAAUGUGGCUGUGGUACGAAUGAAAAAGGCAGGAAAACGAUUUGAGAUUGCCUGUUAUAGAAAUAAAGUUGUUUCAUGGAGAAAUAAAUUAGAGAAAGACAUUGAUGAAGUUCUACAAACACACACAGUUUUUAUAAAUGUUUCAAAAGGGCAAGUUGCAAAAAAGGAAGACCUUAUGAAAGCUUUUGGUACAGAUAAUCAAACUGAAAUUUGUAAAGAAAUUCUUACUAAAGGGGAACUACAAGUUUCAGAUAAAGAAAGGCAUUCUGCCCUAGAUUCUAUGUUUAAAGAUAUUGCAACGACCGUUGCUGAUAAAUGUGUAAAUCCAGAAACCAAACGCCCAUACACAGUAACAAUGAUAGAAAAAGCUAUGAAGGAUGUUCAUUUUUCUGUUAAACCAAAUCGAAAUGCUAAACAGCAAGCUUUGGAUGUUAUUCCUCAAUUAAAAGUUAUAAUGCCACUAGAACGAGCUCAAAUGAGAUUAAGAGUUCAAAUUUCGAACAAAGAAGCAAGAAAAACAAGAGAUAAAAUAGUUAAGCUAGCUACAAAAUUAGAAAAUGAAAAUUGGGAUAGUGGAACAUUAAAUUUAAUAUGCCUAAUUGAUCCUGGCCAAUACAGAGAAAUAGAUGAACUGGUGAGGUCUGAAACAAAGGGUUCUGGAUUUCUAGAAUUACUAAAUUUAAAGGAAGUUAUCCACUUAAAUGUUGUUACUUGUUAUAAUUCACGACUUUCUACAUGUUUAAUAAAUUUAAUUUCUUUGUAAUAUUUUUCAUUUUAUUCAAGUAUACACAUUUAUUUACAAUUAUUAUAUUUAUACACAUGUGAAAUAGAAUUCGAUACAAAAUAUUAAAUGCAUGUCAAAGUAAUCAAUGAAGUGUACAAAAAUAGUAUAAUUUACAAUUAUUUAUAGGUAUUAAUAAGCAAAUUAUCUAAACGAUACAUACAGAACAUAAUUGUUAUAUACAGUUUUUAUAUAAUAGUACAACAAUACAAUAAGAGUAACUGACACAAGUAACUCAAUUAAAAAUUAUUUACAUCUCGCCAAUGCAUUGAAAAUAUAUCUGAUCAUAAUCGUAUUAUUGAAAUACUUGUCAUUAAGUUCUGCUCUAGGAAUAUAUAUGUUUUCUGUACGUUGAUCACAUUUUGCUGCAAUGCGUGAUGUUGUUAGUAAAAAAUUUUGUAAUUUAUUUAAAUAUAUUUGUGCUUCUUUAUUCAAUAAACCAUCUUGAACCAGUGA